AUGCUUUCACUCAUUCUGUCUGCUGAACUGGAGGGUGUCACGGGCCUCCGGCCUACUGAUACCGAGGAGAACCCGUACUUCUACACUUUCCGCGUGAAGUGCACCUCGUGCCAUGAGAUGCACCCGAACUGGAUCAGCUUCAACCGCUUUGAGCAGCAUGAGAUCCCCGGUAGCCGUGGUGAGGCCAAUUUUGUCUGGAAGUGCCGUCUCUGCAGCAAAACCCACUCCGCUAGCAUCACUGCCGGCCCUCACGUCUUCGAAGUCCAGGAGGACCCAAAGAAGAAGAGGAACGGCCAGAAGAUCAUCGACAUGGACUGUCGUGGACUCGAGUUCACCGAGUUCAAGCCCGAUUCAAGGGUACUGAGUCGAACACCCCCUUUCUCGGGUAUUGACCUCUCCGAUGGUGAGUGGUAUGACUAUGAUGAGAAGUCGAGUGAGGAGGUUAGCAUUAAGGAGAUUACUUGGACCGUUGGUCGGUAA